CUCAACACUUUCUCCGAUGAUUAGAGAAACCCAAGUCUAAGUCCACUCUGCAGCAUUCUACACACAUUCUCUCAAUCUUAGAAAAUCAUUGUCUUGUUUGUCCAUCUUGUAUAUAGAUAUCGAGAUUUCAAGUUUGCAAGAAGUGGUUUCGAUCUGAAUUAUCAUCUAUUGGAGUGGGUUUGUCACACAAAUUUCGUUUAGUGCAAUGGAGUUUAUGAAACUUCCAUUUCCGGAGCAAUUCUCUCACUGGUUUUCAUUGAAAACGAAGGUAUUUUCAAGGUUUAGUAUAGGAGUAGGAUCUUCAAUACUUAUUCUAAGUUUGAUAUUUUUGUACUGCCCAUCAUCUUUAUUCCAACCUAUGUUUCAAGGAUUUCGCACUAGCAAUGAUCUUAAUAGGGGUAAUUCUUCUUCUUUAUCAUUUUCGAGUACUCCUUCUAAUUCAUCAAAUUUUUCUGAUUUUGAUUUGGGAAAAAUGGGAAAAGCCCAUGAUGGGAUUCAAUGGAAUGUUUCAGAGGGAUCGAAGAAUUCCAGCUUUUUGAGUUCUACGGGAGGAAGAGGAAACAAAUCCCUUGAAGGGAGUGUUUCCGAGGGUUCGAAAAAUGCAACCUUUUUGAGUUCUAUUGGAGAAGAACAAAGAACCCAUGAAGGGAAUUUUACUGAGCAGAAGAUAAAUGAGAGUUUAAUUAGUGAAGGAGAUGGCAACAGUACUAGUUCUUCUUCUAUUAAUGAAGGUAAGAAGAAAUGUGAUAUAUAUAAUGGGAAAUGGGUAAGAGAUGAAAAGGUACCAUAUUAUCCGGUUGGUUCAUGUCCAUACAUUGAGAGAUCUUUUAAUUGUCGUAUAAAUGGAAGACGUAACGAUGAUUAUUUGAAAUGGAGAUGGCAACCAGAUGAAUGCGAUAUACCCAGAUUGAACGCUACUGAUUUUCUGGAGAGGUUGCGUGGAAAGAGGAUCACUUUCGUCGGGGAUUCGCUAAACCGGAAUAUGUGGGAGUCAUUGGUGUGCAUACUUCGGCAUGGUGUCGCAAAUAAGAGCAGAGUUCACGAGAUAUUGGGAAGAAACAGCUACAGAGGACAUGAACUAUACGAUUUUAGAUAUGAGGACUACAACUGUUCUGUGCAGUAUGUGAGUGCUCCCUUUCUGGUUAAAGAAACAUAUACGAAACAUCCAAAGUUGAGAUUAGAUGUGAUGGAUCUAACGACAUCAAAAUUUCGUGAAGCUGAUGUGAUAGUCUUUAAUACAGGCCACUGGUGGAAUCAUGAGAAAACUUCUAAAGGAGAGAACUACUACCAGGAAGGACCACAUGUGUACCAAAAACUAGAGGUACUGGAAGCAUUCGAGAAAGCUCUCAGUACUUGGGGCAAAUGGGUUGACGACAACAUCGAUACUAACAGAACUCAGGUCAUCUUCAGAGGGUAUUCAGUUGCCCAUUUCAAGGGUGGACAAUGGAACUCAGGCGGUCAUUGCCAUAAAGAAACUAAGCCAACCUUCAAUGCAUCAAAUUUAGCUCAGUACGUUAAGAAGAUGGAAAUUGAAGAAAGCGUGCUGCAACAAAUGAAAGCUCCUGUAACAUAUAUGAACAUAAGUAGGCUUACAGACUACAGAAAGGAUGGUCACCCUUCAGUAUACGGGAAAAACUAUAAGACUGAUCAAGAACGAGCUGCAGCUGUGCAGGACUGCAGCCACUGGUGCUUACCUGGAGUUCCUGACACAUGGAAUGAAUUAUUGUACGCUUCACUCCUAAAAAUAGGCACUUAAACGUCAAGUAAAGAAGUUAAGAAUGUGUUGGUUAUAUUUGCACGCCAUUCUUUCAUUCUUUGGCAUUGAAAGUUGUACAUUAGGUGUAGAAGUCACGGCAGUGCUCUUGAUAUCUCAUCUUCCUUGCUGUCAAUAUCUGUCUACCUGUAAAUGUCUUAUAUAUACAUCUCUAAAUGUCAGGCUUUUUCUGGUUA